UCUGCAGCCGACGAACCCCCCCAGCCACCGCCACCCAUUUUUGGCCGGAAAUCCGGCAAAGCUUGGGGAUUUCUCCCUAUUUUCUUGUCUUAGAACACCUGUUGAACCCAGAAAAUCCCAAAUCUGCGUCUUCCUCCCUCUGUUGUCCGUCGGCUGCUAUGUGGGUGUGAGGUUUUUGGGCUUUUCUGGUAAGAUUUAGCCAUGAAUCCCUCUCUUCAACUUUGAUUUAGGCUGGGUUUGGUUUAAUUGCUUUUGUUCCUUCCAAUUUUUGGGUAGCCGCAAGUUCCCCUGCAGAAUUUCUUCUUCUCUGCCGUCGGCUUCACCCCCCCUUACUAGGCUCGGUUUUGCUUGCUAAAUUCUGGUAAGUAGCCGUCUUUUCCAAGCUUAAAAUGACCCAUUUAAUGGCUGGGUUUUGUCCAUUAGUUGAUGCUCUGUUGGGAGUUGUAAACACUGGCACUAUUACUGACGCCUACCAGUGGGAGUUUGUAAACACUGGUACCAUUACUGACGCCUGCCAGUGGGAGUUUGUAAACACUGGCCAUGACUUAUAGAUGAGACUACUGAACUGAGUUUUCUUCUGCAUGUAACGGUUUGUUAUGAAACGUUUUGUUAUUGAACUGAAUCCGAUUUCCGCAUUAAUGGUUUAUCAUUAAAAGUCUGUUACGCUUACACGGUUUAUCUGGCAUGCUUCAAAGUUUUACCCAAGGGCUAUCCAUAUUUACUUACUGAGUUUAUCUCAUAGUUUUCCUUGUCCACCAUUUCAGGAAGCGAAACCGAGGACGGGGAAACCGAGGGGAGUGACGAAUUAGAAGGCUAGCCAUUCAAUUGGGGUAUAAGUUUUAGAUUUUAUCAUCCUUUUGUAAGGUUGAUUUUAUUCAUGAGAUUUUGUGAUUUGGAUAAGUUCCGAGCCUUGUGCACUUGUGGGACUCGUCUCACGAGUGCACGGCGUCUGCCACGUCCCUGGAUUUGGGUUCUGGGGCGUGACAGCUAUAACCAAGGAAAAUCAGUAUACAAAAAAAUGAUUUAGCAGUUCACAUUUAUGUCAAACAUGUGUAGCUAACGACUUAAGUCCAAAAAGGAUCUAAGUCCAAAAUACUGACUAGCUGUCUAGCUCGUCACUCCCCCUGGUUAACCGUGCCUCGGAUCUCACUACUUGAAAUGGUGGACAAGGAAAACUAUGAGAUAAAAUAUCUCAGUAAGUAAAAAUAUGGGUAGCCGGUGAGUAAAAUUUAAGCAUGCAUGAUAAACAGUUUAACAUAACAAAACGUUCAAUGAUAAACAGUUAAUGUAGGAUAAGCUUCAGUAGUAGUCACCUCUAUAAGUCAUGGCCAGUGUUUAACUCUCACUGGCAAACGUCAGUAAUAACCAAUGUAUUGUCCCAUUAGCAGGAUUUCAGUAAUGAACCGGUCCUAUCGGUAAACAUGUCGACAUGUGCUAGCGUUUACAAACCUCCCACUAGUGGGCACAGUAAAACAUGACCAUAUUGGAGACAAAAUCAUGCAGGAUUUACAAGAAAAAUCCGUAAUUCGCAAUCAAUCUCAAAUUCCAAG